GUUUGUGCUCACUUGUACAAUAGUAGAAUCUAUAUACUGCGUAUAAGAAUAUAACGUAUGUUAAUUAACGAACUAAUUUUACAUUACAUAUAUACGUAUCUAUCGAUUUCAUCUAGUUAGCUUUUUUCGUAUUUCAUCUAAUUAGCUUUUUUCGUGAAUUAAUUGACUAAUGGAUGCCGCCGGCACCAGCACGGCGAACAACCACGGCGGCGAGAAUAAUGAGGGGCUCGAUUAUUGGUGCCCAGGGUGUAGUCAAAUAUUCCGCGCCGUCUCAGAUUUUUCGCCCGAAACCAUUUGUCCCACGUGCCACAAUCAUACACUAGUCCAAUUCGUUGACGCAGUCCUGGAUGGUCAACUCUGUUAUUGGUGCUCCAUAUGCCAAACACAUUCUCUCUCAUCUUCAUUUGGGACUAUUGUCACGUGCGUUGAAUGUGCAAAUCCCAUGUACCAAAUCAUAGGGAUUACAAUGCGUCCCCCAAAUUUGGUUGUCGGCAUCAUUCUAGUUAUGCUUUCAGGAACAGACCAUCCCAGACCGCCAAUAGACCAAAACAAUUCUGACCGCAUGAUACCUCUGAUCAGACGGAUAAUACAAAACCACCCGGCCCGUGGCCGGCAUGCCACACAAAUAAACAGGCCCAUGGGUCCUCCCCCGGCGUCGGAACAGGUGAUCGGUGCAAUACCGACCGUGAAAAUCUCCGAAUCUCAUAUAGCGGAUUCGGAGAUUUGUCCGGUUUGCCGGGAUCAGUUUGAGGUUGGUAAGGAUGCGAAGGAGUUGCCGUGCAAACACAUUUAUCACGAUGAUUGUGUUGUUCCGUGGUUGAGGAUGCACAAUUCUUGCCCGGUCUGUCGAAAAGAGACGACCGAAGAUAGUAUUGCUGAGCGACGACGCGAGAGGGAGAUGAUGAGAAGUCGUGGGAGACGAUUUUUACGGCGGUUGAGGCACCUCCGUGAUAAUGUUAGAGCUUGUUUGAUGCGGCUGGCUAGCUACGGCUGGGUACCCAUUUGGAACAAAGAAUAAAUAAUGGAAAAGUGUAAUAACCAAACACUUGCACUAUAUUGAAAAAGUCAUAAUGAUCUUGAACUCAAUAAUCA